GCACACCAUCUACCUCUACCCAUUCCUUUCCACGCAGUAGUGAAUCCAUCAACGCCGAUCCUCUAUCAUUUAGAGUUAUCUAACUCACUGUGUACAGAAGUGUUUUCAAUUUUAUCAGCUUUUGUGUAAGACGAACAAACUAUUUUUCGGAGUGUCUUUUGUCCCAACGGUUAUGUCGUCGAAAUAUCGUUUAAAAUAGGCCUAUCACCAGUAAUCACCAUUUUGAGACCAAAUUGAAAGGACGAUCGAUGUGGCAAGAACUUUAGCAUAAUGAUGACAAUGGCGAAACAGAGCUUUGCGUUAGCACUAUUUCACAUUUUAUUCUUCGGAUUGCAAGGAGCUAUUUUGACCGUCUCCGGAUUUCAAACUCCAUCAUAUACAGGACAGCAUACGUUUUAUGCCACGGAAAAUCGCGCUCUAAGGGAGUUUGCAUUUACAAUAAAAACUGCACGAUCUCGUGUCAUCUGUGCACGGGAAUGCAGCAUGGAUGAACGUUGCAAGUCGUUUAACUUUAACGACUGCAAUAAAAUAUGCGAGUUGAACCUCGCCACAAGACGAGAUCAUCCCGAAGACUUCAGUGCGACUCAAGGAAGUGUGUACUUUGAUGCAGAUGAGGACACACCUCUCUACUCACUGACUGAUAGCUCCUUGAAUCGCUACACAAGUUGCAAGAUGCUCUUAGAUGCCGGUUAUCGUUCAAGCGGUAUCUACACAAUCUACCCAGAGGGAUUCGGUAACUGUCUUCGUGUCUACUGUGACAUGGAAACUGACGGUGGAGGAUGGAUCGUGUUUCAGAGGCGACAAGAUGGCAGCGUGGACUUCUACCGUAACUGGACCGAGUACCAGGCUGGCUUUGGCGAUCUGUCCGGUGAGUUCUGGUUGGGCAAUGACAACUUGGUGACUCUGACGUCGGAUAAUUCACAAGGAACAUGGGAGCUACGAGUUGAUUUAGAGGACUGGGAGGGCAACAGGGCAUGGGCAAAGUACUCAGAUUUCCAAAUAUCCCCGGGUGAGUACAAUCUGAAUAUUGGCCAAUACGACGCCAGCAGCACUGCCGGUAGUGACUCUCUUUUUUAUCACAGAGGACGUCCCUUCACCACAAAGGAUCGUGACAAUGACGCACGGUCGGGGUCAAAUUGUGCACAAUCCCUCCAUGGAGCCUGGUGGUUUAAUAAUUGUUUGCACUCCGACUUGAAUGGUCGUUAUUACCCAGAUGAGCACGCACCUUAUAAUGAGGGCGUGAAUUGGCGAUUCUGGAAAGGCUUUACCUAUUCUCUGAAAUCGUGCAGGAUGAAAAUGCGUGCGAGAUGAGACCAUAAAUACUUUUACAUGUUAUUAAGCUGGUUAAUGGAACUUAAACUGUAAUGUUUUUACCCUAGGCUGAUAAGCCUGCCGAAAAGGGGCAGGGGAAUGUUCUAGUUGACGUAGCCGACCGGAGUGUGGAUGUUAAAUCCCUGCCCGGCCUUUCUUUAAAUAGAAUUAAAAAAACGAAAAAUGUAAAAGACGAUUGAGGUCAACCAUGCAUUGUUAGAAAAACUAUAAAUAGAUGUAUGGCAAGUAUACCUAAACUUAAAAAAGGGAACUCGUGAGAAAAUAUUGGGGAAGGGGAUAAAUUUCCCCUCGACCCCGGAUGCUCAAGCGCGCGGUUAGCAAGGUGGAUCCAGAAUAUUUUUCAGGGAGGCGUGCUGAAAUGUAGACCGGUUAUU